CAACGGACUAACACAGGAGAGAAACCAUUUAAAUGUAUUGAGUGUGGAAAGAGCUUCAGUCAGAGUGGAGCACUUAGAAAACAUCAACGGACUCAUACAGGAGAGAAACCAUUUAAAUGUAUGGAGUGUGGAAAGAGCUUCAGUCAGAGUGAACACCUUAGAACACAUCAACGAACUCACACAGGAGAGAAACCAUUUAAAUGCAUGGAGUGUGGAAAGAGCUUCAGUCAGAGUGAACACCUUAGAAUUCAUCAACGGACUCACACGGGGGAGAAACCAUUUAAAUGCAUGGAGUGUGGAAAGAGCUUCACUAAUAAUGGAACACUAAGCCGACAUCAACGGACUCACACGGGGGAGAAACCAUUUAAAUGUAUGGAGUGUGGAAAGAGCUUCAUUCAGAGUGGAGAACUUAGAAUUCAUCAACGAUCUCACAUGGGUGAGAAACCAUUUAAAUGCAUGGAGUGUGGAAAGAGCUUCAAUGAGAGUCGAAAACUAAGAAUUCAUCAACGCACUCACACGGGGGAGAAACCAUUUAAAUGCAUGGAGUGUGAAAAGAGCUUCACUGAGAGUGGAAACCUUAGAACACAUCAACGGACUCACACAGGGGAGAAACCAUUUAAAUGUAUGGAGUGUGGGAAGAGCUUCAGUCAAAGUGGAGACCUUAGAAUUCAUCAACGGACUCACACAGGAGAGAAACCAUUUAAAUGCAUGGAGUGUGGAAAGAGCUUCAGUCAGAGUGGAGACCUUAGAAUUCAUCAACGAACUCACACAGGGGAGAAACCAUUUAAAUGUAUAGAGUGUGGGAAGAGCUUCAGUCAAAGUGGAGACCUUAGAAUUCAUCAACGGACUCACACAGGAGAGAAACCAUUUAAAUGCAUGGAGUGUGGAAAGAGCUUCAGUGAAAGUGGAACACUAAGAAUUCAUCAACGGACUCACACAGGGGAGAAACCAUUUAAAUGUAUGGAGUGUGGAAAGAGCUUCAGUCAGAGUGGAACACUAAAAAAUCAUCAACGGACUCACACGGGGGAGAAACCAUUUAAAUGCAUGGAGUGUGGAAAGAGCUUCAGUCAGAGUGGAGACCUUAGAAUUCAUCAACGAACUCACACGGGUGAGAAACCAUUUAAAUGCAUGGAGUGUGGGAAGAACUUCAGUAAAAGUGGAACCCAUAGAAUUCAUCAACGGACUCACACGGGGGAGAAACCAUUUAAAUGCAUGGAGUGUGGAAAGAGCUUCAAUGAGAGUCGAACAUUAAGAAUUCAUCAACGGACUCAUACGGGAGAGAAACCAUUUAAAUGCAUGGAAUGUGGAAAGAGCUUCACUGAUAGUGGACACCUUAGAAAACAUCAACGGACUCACACAGGAGAGAAACCAUUUAAAUGCAUGGAGUGUGGAAAGAGCUUCACUUAUAGUGGAACACUAAGAAUUCAUCAACGGACUCACACGGGGGAGAAACCAUUUAAAUGCAUCGAGUGUGGAAAGAGCUUCACUAAUAGUGGAGCACUUAGAAAACAUCAACGGACUCAUACAGGAGAGAAACCAUUUAAAUGUAUGGAGUGUGGAAAGAGCUUCAGUCAAAGUGGAGACCAUAGAAUUCAUCAACGGACUCACACGGGGGAGAAACCAUUUAAAUGCAUGGAGUGUGGGAAGAACUUCAGUAAAAGUGGAACCCAUAGAAUUCAUCAACGAACUCACACAGGGGAGAAACCAUUUAAAUGUAUGGAGUGUGGGAAGAGCUUCAGUCAAAGUGGAAACCAUAGAAUUCAUCAAGAGACUCACACAGGGGAGAAACCAUUUAAAUGUAUGGAGUGUGGGAAGAGCUUCAGUCAAAGUGGAGACCUUAGAAUUCAUCAACGGACUCACACAAGAGAGAAACCAUUUAAAUGCAUGGAGUGUGGAAAGAGCUUCAGUGAAAGUGGAACACUAAGAAUUCAUCUACGGACUCACACAGGUGAGAAACCAUUUAAAUGUAUGGAGUGUGGAAAGAGCUUCAGUCAGAGUGGAACACUAAAAAUUCAUCAACGGACUCACACAGGGGAGAAACCAUAUAAAUGUACGGAGUGUGGAAUGAACUUCACUACUAGUGGAACACUAAGACUACAUCAACGGACUCACACGGGAGAAACCAUUUAAAAGUAUGGAGUGUGGGAAGAGCUUCUGUACAAGAGGAAUUCUUACAAAACAUCAACAGACUCAUGCAGGGGAGAAACCUUGUAAGUGCCAGGGAAGUGGACAGAGGUUCAGUUCUAGUGGAAGUCUUACAAACCGUCAAAAAAACUCUUGAGGGGUAGGAGGUGUAAGGGGGUAAACUAUGAGCCAUCAAUUAUCUCAAAGAAGAGAAAAGGUUUAAAUAGAAGGAGUGUGGAAUCUGCUUUGGUUAUUAUGGAACACUUUUUAGAGUGUAGAACCUGUUUCUCUCCAAGUUGACACUUUCUUUCACAUCCAUAACAGGAAAUCAAUCUUAAAUGCAUGCAGUGUAUGUGAGCCUUUGUUGUUUGUAUGUAACGUUGUCUAGACAUGUAUUUAAAGUAAUGAAGGUAAUAUUUUACAAUAGUAAGCAUAAUUCUUAAGAUUUAGUGUCAGGAAUAUAACGUAGUCCUGGACACAGCAGAGUUAACCGCAGGUUU